AUGCUGCCUUACUUUCAGAAGAGCUGCAAGUUUACUCCCGCGGAUCCUAGUAUAUUUUCCGGUGUUGAAGUCAAGCCAGGACCGGGAAACAAUGCUUUCUCCUCGGAGAGCGGCCCGUUGCACGUAUCGUAUGGUAAUAAUAUCCGACCUUUUUCUCAAUGCCUUGGGCGAGCCUUCAGUGAAAUUGGAAUCCCGACCAUCCCAGAUUUUAAUAGUGGCAAUCUAUUAGGCUCUCAAUUCUGCACAUUUACUGUUGAUCCUACAACAGCGACUAGGAGCUCCGCGCAGACCUCGUUCUUAGACCUUUGUCAAGCUCGACCAAAUCUCAAAGUCUUUCGGGAGACGCUCGCCAAGCGUGUCUGCAUUAAUGAAAAGAAACAGGCCACCGGCGUUGAAAUUAGCCCUGGCUUAGUAUUAAUGGCUCGUCGUGAAGUCAUUUUGUCUGCCGGUGCUUUCCAAUCACCACAACUGCUCAUGGUUUCCGGGAUUGGACCAGCAGACACUCUCAAAAGGUUAGGCAUUCCAGUGAUUGUGGACAGGCCCGGAGUCGGACAGAAUUUGACAGACCACAUAAUGUACGGACCGUGCCACCGCGUUAAAGUCGAGACUAUAUCAGCAGUUGUAGCCAACCCAGCCCAAAUUGUCCCGUUGAUAUUCGACUACGUUAAAAACGCCAGGGGUCCUUUGACAAAUCCAGGUAUUGAAUACGUGGCCUUUGAGAAAAUACCUAGACAUCUUAUAUCUGAAGAUGUCUCCGCUAAGCUCUCUCAAUUACCUCUUUCAUGGCCUGAUAUGGAAUACAUCUCAAUGGAUACGUAUUCGGGUGAUCUCUCAUCUCCGCUAUUUAACUCACCUAACGAUGGCUAUAAUUACGCCAGCAUUCUAGUUUCUCCAUGCGCCCCAUUAUCGCGCGGUAGUGUUACUAUUACCUCUGACGAUACGGUAGAUCUCCCGGUCGUGGAUCCAAACUGGCUAUCAGACCCUAUUGACGCUCAGCUCGCGGUGGCCGGAUAUAAGCGGGCGCGAGAGCUUUUCUCGUCGGCAGCCAUGCAGGAUAUCCUCUUGGAUUCAGAUCCUGAAAAGGAAUUCUUCCCCGGUCUUGACACUGUGAAGACCGACGAAGAGAUUCUGCACACGAUCCGUAACACUAUGACCACUAUCUAUCAUGCCUCCGGAACUUGCCGCAUGGGACACGCCGCGGACCCUGACCCUAGUGCCGUGGUAGAUCCACACGCUAGGGUUUUUGGCGUGGAGAGACUGCGUGUCGUCGACUCAAGCGCUUUUGCCCUGUUACCCCCGGGCCAUCCACAGAGUAUGGUGUAUGCACUCGCUGAGAAGAUCGCUGAUGACAUUCAAAGAGAGGGACUCCAACUUUCUGACACCCCCUAUAAUAUCGACGAAAGCGAAUUCGAUGGUUACUUGUAUAGCACCCUUAGCUUAAACGGUUCUAAUGGAGAAUACACCUUUGCGACAUGCGACGACGGCAAUCUCUACAUCCAGAAAAACGGCACACAGAACUCGUUGCCUUAUUACAGUACCUGCACAACGCUGUGGUAUGGAUAUGAGGAUGUUGUUUUGGCGACGCUUAAUAGCGGCAUCCUCCACUACUACAAUAACACCAUGUCCAAGCUGAGCGUCAGCCGUCUCCGUACAGCUGACGAAACGGAGCUUCCAGCAACUGCUGCCUAUGUUGCGCUUGCCCCCUAUUACUACACCGAAGAUGAAAGCGAGAAUGCGCCAAGCAUGCUAGCAGCCAUCGACACCAUCAACGAGAUCUUCCCAGCAAUCUGCACGUACAAGAAUGCAUCGGCAGGCGCUAAAGUAUACCUAAUCGGGUCGGAUAUCAACGCCGGGCUAGCGAUCUUCAAGUCUCCCGAUGUCGAGUACAGCAUCACCAACGGCAAAGUCGACGACUGUUACGUGCUCUUCCCAGAGAUCACGGACUGUAUCGACGGCGACUGGGCCGACUACGACGAAGAUGCGGAGGAGUACGAGAGCAAUGCUACCCAGCUUGAAUUCGACGACUCCCUGGUUGAUGCGGAGGGCGAACUGACUCUGAACAGCAACAAUACGCUCCUGUACCAAGACGAGGAAGCUCUAAACAAUUUGGAUGAGGUGUUUACUGACGAUGACGAAGGAGACGUCGAAGAAUGGGAUGAGGACUCGGAUUAUCUUGACAGGUUCGGCGACUACUACGAUGUUAUCGAUGGUGAUGACGAGGGCAGCUCUUAG